AUGAACCGUCGUGAACUUCGUCGUAAAUCCUCAUGGUCUGACCUUCCACCAGAUCUUCUCUUAACCAUCGCUGAGUAUCUAAAGUCUAACUCAAACCUUCCGAAGUUUCGUGUCAUCUGUAAAAACUGGCGAUCCGCUGUUCCACCACCUAAUCUUUCCUUGCAUCCACUCACACCAUGUCAAAUUUCCUUCGGUAAUCGUCGGCCUCGUUUCGCUGAUUCUGUCGGUCCUUUUCUCCUCAUUUCCACCGCUGUGUACCUUCUACGACCGCGCAAUAACUCCCACGGUAACUCUGGUUGGUUAGUCUCCGUCGAACAGUCUAAGUUCGAUAAAGUACGUCUCUUUCACCCUCUUACGAAAGUUCUAGUUGAAAAUCUCCCAGAGAAUUUCCCUAAAUAUAUCUCUGACUUUGGUGCGUUAAAACUUAGCGAAGGGUUUAAUAUACGAUCAUGUGGUGGUAGUAACACCCUUGUAUUUCGACAAAAGAUUAACGCGUUUAAUGUGAAUAAAGUGCUAUUGUGCUUGGAUCCUCGAUUAAUCAUAGAAUCUGCACAACAUAAAGGUUAUUUUCUAGUGGUGUUGUAUGAUGUAGGAAAGCUUGAAUGGUUUUGUCUAUCUCCAUGUAAAACAUGGGUAAGAAUACCCGAGUACACAGCGGAUAUCGAAGGCUUAAUUGAUGAUAUGGUAACUUGGAAAAGCGUAGUGUAUGCUAUUAAUCGUAGAGGAAUUCUGUAUAGAAUUGAUUACGAGUCGACUGAAGUGAUUGAUGUUGUUUUUGAUUCAGACUCACGAGGUUAUAGACGGAACCGCUUGUUGUUAGAUUCCGAUGGUGGAUUAUACUUGGUUGUUACUAAUCAAUAUUGUGAUCAUUUUAAGAUUUAUAAGCUGAAUUCAGUACAUGUUGCAUGGGAGAAGAUUGUGAGUUUAGGGGAUAAGAUUUUGUUUGUGAGUAUUGAUACUUGUUUCUUUGCAAACUCACAAGAUUUCCCAGGGUUUCGAGAGAAUUGCAUUGUUUAUGCUAAGAAUUGUUUCCCUAGUUACUCUCGGUCGGCGAGGUAUGUUGAUAGAAGUAUCUUCUUCCAAGAAGCUAAUGGAUACAUUGAAGUUGCUAUGUACAAUUAUGGGGAGGGAAGAAAUGUUGGCAUGAUUUCGACAUUUCUUAAAUUUUCUGCUGUAUUAUGGCCACCUCCGCAAUGGAUCAGAUAUACAACUGAUUAUGAGGAGAAAGAGGCGCAAACUGUUUCUAGUGACCCAUAUACUAGUAUUCAUGUUGGGAGUAGCAACAAAAUAAUAACCUCUUCUCUACCAGUUCAAGCCAACGGAAAUAUUGAAGAGCAUUCAUCCAAAGUUAAUGGUCAGAAGCUUGUUCAUACACAAGGGUACUGA